UCCUCCUGAAACCACCGGAGCCAUCAUGAAUGCAAAGGUUUUCGUCCUCCUCGGCUUGGUAGCUGUUAUUGCUGCCGACAAAUUGGGAUCGUUCGAGUCCGGUGAGGCCAGAUACGAAUUUGACUGGGCUGUCAAACACGACGACUCCGACAACGACUUCGGCCACCAGGAAGCCCGCAAUGGAGACGACACUCAGGGAUCCUACUACGUGCAGCUCCCCGACGGCCGCCUGCAGACCGUCAGGUACGUCGUGGACGGUGACAACGGAUACGUGGCCGAAGUGAACUACGAGGGCGAGGCUCGUUACCCCGACUCUAAUGAAUCAAAAUAAUUUGAUUCCAUCGUUCUAUUAUCGUUAGGCUGACAACGACUUCUUGAUAUGACUAACAUAUAUAUAUGUACAUAUUUUUAUCUCUCUUUUUAAAUAAACUCUCUUAUCAUAA